UUUUUCCACAAUCAAAUAACCAAAUAUUAUUUGCAAAAAACUAUAACCAAACACAACUCUAACCUCAAAGAUUCCAAAAAAAGAAUGAGCGAAAUAUCUCAGUUUCUAUGGCCAAUUGCCUACUUAGAAACUACGUAAAAGAUACUAUAAGUCACAAUAAUUAAUAAUAUCAAAUAUUUAAAGGACACAUGAAUAAAACGUUGUCAAAGAUUUUCUGAUUUGGCUCAAAAUAUUGGGACAAAAGAAGUAUCAUGUAGAGUAAGUUUUACUGAAAUGAUAAAUUCAAGAAACUCUAGUUGGUUGUCACAAGACUGAAAACCAACCCCUUUUUCUUCCCAUAUAUUUUGUGGAGUCCAAAAACAAUGGAAGAUUCAUCAGAGUUGAAUAAUAAUAUGGUGGAAGAAAAUCCUAUGAUGAAAGUUGCUGAUCAUACAUUUUUGAGGAAGAGUGUAUGGCCAACAAUGAAGCCAUUUGUGAAUGGAGGGCUUGCUCUAACGCUUCAAGGGAGUAGUGCUUACUUUUCAGCCUUCUUAUUCUACAAGCUCAAUCCCACUGCUAAAUCAUCUCCUGAAUUCAUGCACCGAAAACUCCUCUAUGCAUAUCAGCGAAUGCCAUUCAUAUUGUUUCAAGGAGGGCUAAACAUGGGAACACUAUUUGGAUCCUAUGAACUCUUGACGAGAAAAGUAGAAGCCUUAAAUGGAGGGAGUCCGUUAACCCUCUAUCAAGAGGCUGGUUGCGGGCUUGCCUCUGGAGCAAUUCGAGCUUGUAUUUGGCAUCCUCUGUUCGGACCUGUUGGCGCUGGUAUUGCUCAGGCAGCAACCGACAAAUAUUAUUAUUUCAGACACAUUUUCAACACUAUCACACAAGUGGUAAGAAAUGAAGGGGUUUUAGCAUUGUGGAAAGGAGUGAGGCUCCAUGCACCUGUCAUUGCAUCCCACACAGGAAUGCUAGUAUCAUAUGAUCGAUGUCGGAUUUAUUUGAAAGAAACGUAUGGUCUGAGGGAGGAGGAUGCACGUUUAGGUGCAGGAAUCUUCUCAGGAUUGUGUUCUGCAGCCUGCUAUAUCCCUGUUUCUUAUGCAGCUGGAAUUAUCGGUUAUAUUCAGAAAUCCACGAGAGUUGAAUCCCCGCGCAGUUUCCUAUUCUACGCCUUAAAGGUUCUUAAGCCAGGCGGAGGCUCUAAUUUCUACUCUCGGCUUGUAAAUCAUGCCCUUUAUAACUCACCUAGUGUCAUGAUCAUGUGGGUGUUUCUGGAAGCCAUCCGUGAUGCUGAGGAGUCGAUUGGAUUGUAGCAUACUAACUGGAAAUAGAAUGUCACGCAGAAUUUAGUGAAACACAGAGGCCGCGAAUAGCAUAGAAAGUUUCUUUAAUCAAAGGAAAACCAGACAGUAAAUAUCAUCUGCUGCUUUAAACUUGAGACUAACAGAGAGGAUUGCAUUUUCGAUCAUUUCCAAUUUAGUUACUUGUAUCAUGCUAAUUUUAAGCCUUGAGCUUAGAGGCUUACCAUGAGAACCUAUCGUACUACUUUGAUACACUACUGUUAAUGUUUUAGAAAGGAGUUUUAAGUUUUGUGCAUCGACAGUGUAUAAUCUUUUUAAUCAGUAUUAG